AUGGGAGAUGUGCUGAUGGAUCUGGAUUCAAGUAAACAAUUACUUGCAUUAUACGGUUACGAAGUCCGUAAAUUGAUUGAAGAACAUGAAAAAGUUGAAUGUGAAAUUGAAGCCCUUAGAAAAGAACAAGGGCAAAAUGAUGGAUUGAUGAUCUUAUGGAGUGAUUCAGAUAAGCGGGACUAUCUAAACUGCAUUGGUGAUUCAAAAGCACCAGCACCAGCACACGCACAAGCACAAGCACCAACAUCGGCUGGAGUUCAAGGUUUCAGCAAGGUUAAAGAUUGUUCAUUUGCUACGCGAGAAGCUGAGCUCCUGAACAAGAGACAUGAUCGAAGCUGGCUUUUGAGAGAUGUCUUGUUUGCAAUCAAAUAUCGUCUGCCGAGACGGGAGCCCAUGAUUAAACGGAAUUUCAAGCCGAAAGAUGCAAAUACACCUUAUUAUCUUCGGUUUAUCGAGUUUGGCCCCCGUGGUGCCACUGGUGAUGUCCACGUUAUCAUGAGCGACCAAACCCACAAGAUGUGCUGCGUUUUUCCCCGCAAAGCCAUACAACGGCACAUUGCGCGUGGGAAAUUGAAAUUUGACGAUAUGUUUGCCAUUUACAAUUUUGCUUUGAUACGCAAGGCACAUUUGAAAUUUGCAGCGGGCCAAUAUCUACGUCAGUAUUAUGAUUUAGAGCGGGUGAGUUCGAGGUUAAACUACUGUGUUUUGGAAAUUUGGGAGUUUGAUUAUGUUUGUAGUGUCAAGGGUGCACUAGUAAAAAGAGUUCCUACAAGUAUGGUGGAAGACUAUAAGGUCACUGAUGAGGAUGAUGAUAAUGAUAAUGAUAAUGGAUCAGCUACUGUUGAAGAUGAAGAAUUUGAUGUUGAUGAAUCUGCUGUUGGUGAAGUCGAGUUGGAGUUUAAACAGCAAGAUUUAAAGUUGGUUUAUAAUAACGAUUUCUAUCUACGACUAUGCAUGAGUUGA